AAAGUUUCCCUUCUGGGGCUGAGGCAGCAUUUCCCCUCGUCCACUUGUGGGGCAGCAGCAGCCAUGGGGCCUGCCUGGAUCCUUCCAGCGACGCUGGCGCUUCUGCUGGGGCCACCGCUGGUCCCCGGAGGGGGAGGGAGGCAGGACCCCCCAGCCCCGCGCCGGUUCCUGCACCAGCAGAAGGCCGAGUGCCGCUUCUCCAACGCGACGGGGCGGGAGCAGGUGCGCUACCUGUUCAGGCACAUCUACGACCGGACGGAGAUCGCGCGCUUCGACAGCGCCCGGGGCCGGUUCGAGGCCCUCACGCCGCUGGGGGAGCCCGACGCCGAGUACUGGAACAGCCAGAAGGAGGAGCUGGAGUACAGGCGGGCCUCCGUGGACCGCUUCUGCCGGCACAACUACGAGAUCGUGGGCCCCUUCGCGCACGGGCGGCGCGUCCAGCCCGCGGUCACCAUCUCCCCCACCAAGGAUGACCCCCUCUCCCCCCGCACCCUGCUGCUCUGCACCGCGGCCAGCUUCUACCCCCGGGAGAUCGAGGUCCGCUGGCUGAAGAACGGGCGACGGGCGACGGAGGGGGUCUUCUACGGGGAGGAGCUGCACAACGGGGACUGGACGUACCAGACCCAGGUGAUGCUGGAGGACACCCCCCAGCGCGGAGAUGUCUACGCCUGCCAGGUGGAGCACGCCAGCCUGCAGACGCCCAUCACCAUGCAGUGGGAGCCGCGGACUUCUGACUCGGCCAGGAGCAAAGUGUGGACGGGGGUCGUGGGGGCCCUGCUGGGCAUGGUCUACCUGGCCGUGGGGCUCUCCCUCUACCUGAGGAGCAAGAAAGCGUCUCCCGUCCAGCAACCUGCAGCGCUCAUCGGCUAGUCCACCAGGGUGCAGGUGGAAAGGAAGACACUUCCAUUCUUCCUGCUGGAGCUCAGCUUUUAGAUUCUGUCCUUGCGAGACGCGAAGGUGAAGGGGCUGGAAGCUACGGAUUGGCACAAGGAGGAGAACCGCAGCCGAAACCGCUCCUGCAAAGACCACCUGGCUUUCCCUGAUUUCCUGCCUGCUUUUGCUUGGGUGGGUGGGGGGUGAAGGGGUGGGACUCAUCCUGCCAGGCGCCCAGAACAUGCCUGCCCAUUUUCCAUGGAUUUUGCCUCAAGAGCCACACUUUUUGGCUUGGUUGGGAUUCAUGCUGCAGAGUCCCAGGUUUCUGAUUAAGGGUAAGAGAGGACACGAUCCCUUCCUCACCCACAGGACCCAACAGAUUCCCCCUGAAGGGACAGCACUGAGAGUCACUCCUGGCCAGCUUCUGCUUUUCCCAGAGCUGCUGCAAUUCUGGGGCUUGGCAUCCUAAAAGCUUCGCUCUUACUUGCAGGCUGACUUGGCACCAAUAAAUACUG